AUGGCAAAGCUGACCGUUAUUGCGAUCCUAAGCAGCUUUAUAGUUCCAUGCGCUCUAGGACAAAGUACACGUGCAACGGUUAUGUCGUUGAAUGAAAUCUGCUGGAAGCUGCUGUUGUAUCCGUGGUUGGUGAAGCUUGCCCCUUGGAAGGGUAUAUGCUUCCAUCACUUCAAGACCACGACGCCAUUCCCGUACAUCACGCUGCCGCUCAACUACACGUUCCCACCGCCGACAUCGUCCACUCCGAUUCCGUUUACUCCGUUAACGAGUCCUGGGUUAACGUUCAGCACCGGAGCUCCCACAGCUAGUACCAUUCCAACAACUACUAGCACCACAGCUGCUGCCACUACUGUUACGGGGCCACCACUAACUUCCACCACCUUCCUAACAACGCCUCCAUCCGUGACGGUUACGGUUGUUCCGACUGGUUCCACGCAAACCAUCCCGAUUCCCACGAUCACAUCGACGACUCCUAGUAGUAACACCGGGACCACCGUGACAUCGGCCACCGGCACUACAUUCCUAACGAUCACUAAUCCCCCUCUAACCUCGUCUACUUCCCUGUUCCCGACCGUCACCUUUACUAAUCCUACAACAACGGCGGGGAACACGAUCCCCGGUGGUGGUCUCACCUCGACUCUGGGCCCCAUCACCACCAUCACGGGAAUAUCGCCUCUCCCAACGUUCCCGACGUUCUUAUCGACGAUAAAUCCGCCUACUCUUACGAGCGCCAGCACCAUCACCACCACGGCAGCCUGUCCCCCUGUCCCUGUAACUUGUCCCCCCUCGCUGCUUACUUCCACCACGUCCAGUGGCCAAACGAGCAUCGAUCCACGGCAGCUCUACAACGGUUGCCCGUGCAUAGAUCCAAGGGCCCUGUUGGUAUCCAGCAGUGCGUGAAUCACGGCCUAUCUGAAAGACGACAGCUGCCCCACGCCGAACGGCCAGCAGGGUAUCUGUAUCGUGUACGGCAACUGCGACUUCAUUCUCCAGCUGCUGAUACGGAACGCCAACCUGUAC